AUGACGCAGCGUCCGAUCAUCUUUGAUCUUACCAAUGACGAUCUGAUCGACACUGUUGAGAUGGAUGACACCGAGAACACGAUGGCGCACACUCAGCCUCCAAAGGCAAACAUUCACAGCUUGACCAAAGAAGCCCUCAAAGAUUUCCGAGAUCAAGUGGAAGCUGCGACAAAGCAGACGACUGGCGUCCGUCUGAUAUUCCUCGCCAGUGAAGUCGUCCGGCUCGCCGGCAAAAAGAAGAAGUCGAAUGUGUAUGAGUACUGGCUACAGGGCGAGAAACUCGAGACACAUUUCUACCAGGAUCAAGCCCAUGAUAGCAAGGGCCGUCGAGGCGGAAUACUUGUAGCCAUGGGAUCGCGUUUACCACAGCCUGUGCUUCUGGCAAAAUCGCCCAAGGAGGGCCAGUCACCGGGAUUCAAGAAGGGAACAUAUCGACCAUGGAAAGACAAUGCCUAUAUGGCAUCCGAGUUCGAUGUAGUCAAGAGGCCUGCGCCUGAUCCCGACUCUCAGAGCGACAGGCCGAUCGAUCAAGACACGAACGGUGUCAGCAGCCCAGCUCCAUCUGUCGCUAUCAACAACGAUCCUUACCAGAUCCCGCAGCGACAUCGAGACAGUAACAGCUACGAUCAAACUGUUGUGGACGGCACGACCAAGCAUGGAAAUCGGCCCUCGUCCGGCACAUCUUCGAAGAGAGUUGGAAGUGAGGAUACACAAGCGUCAAGAGCUCACAGUUCUCGAACCAAACCCAAGACCGAGCAUACUGAUGACAACAGUACAAUGCGAGAGGUGCCGCUUUCGACGGGGCUACAAGUCUCGCGCUUGGCCGAAUCGCGCGCGAAUUCAUCACAGCAUUCAGUCCCAGCCACAGGCGACUCACCUCAGAUGCAGUACGGGUUCGUGGCUCAACCGCGACGGCGUAUGUAUUCCACGUACGAUCCUAUCCCGGGGCCCAUCAGAUUUGAGGAACAUUAUCAAACUGCCGCUCGACCAUCAAAGAAAGCUAGACAUUCCGCACUAGAUGAUUCCGAAGAUGGCGAAGAAGAUGUCGGCGAGAUUCCACUCGACGAUAAGGACUUGUCUGCGAGGACCAGUGCUACACCUGAGUGGACUUUGACGGAGACAGCUCGAGCUUUUCCCGAUGGCCGAUCCAACAUGUCGGUUGUGAAGGCCUCGGUUGUCACUGCCGAUCAGCAGCCUCUCGCUUCCCAGCCGACUGUCCCGACCACAAGAUCCAUCCCGCGCACUCAGUCCAGCCCGCUCAGUCAAUCGACUCUGCCCACUCAGUGCAUCCCGCUCAGUCAAUCGACUCUGCCCACUCAGUCCAUCCCGCCCAGUCAAUCCGUCUUGCAAGCUCGAUCUGCCCCGCCCAGUCAGCUUGUUCUGUCCACUCAGUCCGUCGCUUCCGACGCAGCCAACAUCAAUGUUGAGUUGAAGAUGCGGGCUGACGAGAUCCGUGAAGUGAAAUGGCAUACUCUAUGCGACCCUGGCUUCCAGUACUUCCUCGAACGUCAGCUAGAGUCCGACGGCGGUCACCUGGUCACUGAAACCACGGUCGUACGUCAGCUGAACCUCGAUAAUUCCCCCACUACCUACUCGGCAACCGAAACCGUGGUCGCAUAUCUAGAGCAGAACAACGGUUCUGUUGCGGAGUCGAUGGACCUGCUGAGGAAGGCGAUUGCUGGCUGCGACUCGAUUCUGACAGACGGUAGUGGCAGGACAGUGCGUAAGCUCACGGUGCGACUGAAGCCUCGGUCGGCGUGA